CUCUUCUGCCGGCGCUCUCUGACUCUGUUUUUUUUUUUUUUUUUUUUUUUGUUGGUUAUGAGGCACUGGUGAGAAUCUGGCGGCCAGAUUUGUCACCAGGUGAUGGGCUUAGAUUAGCCCUUUCGCCCCUGCUGUUUUCUGUGUGAUUUUUGCUAUGUGAAAGCGGUGUGAAUAAGGUGAGCAGUUGUGUGUGUGGAAGAAGCCCCAAGAAGGGGGAUGGAAGUACCAUCAUUGUGUACGAUUUAACCUGUGGUAGAAGAGGUCUGAAUUGUAUGUGUAGUGGUAGUGCCCGGGUAUGGGAGCAACUAUGCUCACCAGGGGAGCCGAACUCAGGUCUCAAGGUGCCCCGAUCACCAAGCGACGCCUUAUCCAAUUCACCUUCCCGCCCCCUUGACUCUGGUUCUGACAGAUUUAACCGUGAAUCACCGGAACAAAUCAUCGAAAUGGAAGACAAGUGGAUCUGUCUAUGUUGCACACUGUUGAAUGACGCCACGGUCGAGAAAUGCGUCGCUUGCGAGACUGAAAAGGGGCAAAAGGGCAAUCAUUCAUCUACAUCUUCUGGAGAAGAUUCAUCUAAAGAUUUUGCUGAACAUUAUUACUAAUAUUUGAAUGAAAAUCUGGAUGCCGAUGAUGAAGGAGAUUAAGUGGAGGAUUCAGACAAAGAGGAGACAGAGGUAGCUGCGAAGGAAGAAAAAGGAGAGAAAGCUGAAGAAGGAGAAAAUGAAGCGAAAAAGAGAGUGGAG